AUGUCAUCCUGCAGGACUGAGGAGAAGGUGACAUUAAACUUCGUAAAUCGAGACGGAAAAAGGAUUUCGGUGACAGCAUUAACUGGAAACUCAAUACUUGAUGUUGUUGUCGACCAGAAUCUAGAUUUUGAUGGAUUUGGUGCAUGUGAGGGAACUUUGGCCUGCUCGACAUGCCACGUUAUUUUGGAGGAGGAUGUAUAUAAGAAGCUUGGAUCAAUUUCUGAUGAAGAAAUGGACAUGCUGGACUUGGCUUAUGGGCUUACAGACACAUCUCGUCUGGGUUGCCAAGUGUGUUUAAGGAAAGAUCUGGACGGGAUGAUUCUGCGUGUACCAGAGACGGUGGCUGAUGCUCGAGUGGACAGUCAACAAGAAUCUUCUACGUAAUCUCAUCAACACUGUAGGAUGGAUGUUUAUUUCAUAGGCAGUAUUUUAAUAGUAAACCUUCCUAAUAGAGUAUAUUCCUUAAUGUUAUUUGUAUCACUUCCAUAAUAAGUUUCAUUUUUAAUUGCACAGAUUCUGCGAGUCUUUGUAUGGAACUAAGAAAUGGAUGUAUCUUUGUUGAGACGUAUUUGAAUGCUAAUAUAAUUGUAUACUUGAUUUAUUAUAAUAAAUGAGAUUAACUAUUUUAAA